AUGUAUCAAAAAAUACAACGCCCAGCUAGCACUCAAGCUUAUUUCAAGCAGAUGCGCGCGCAGCAUAGCUUGCAAGCUAUUAGCUUGCAUAGACGUCCACGGGAAGCGCCACAAGCGUUUAUAAGCCGUGACAAAAUAGUUCGAAAACAGUUCGAUACAGCUGGAGCCAAGCUUGAUAAGUCAAGCUUCAAAUAUAGCUUGAACCUUGCCAACUUUGAUCUGGAAACAAGUUUGAAACCGGCUUACUGUGCUAUCUGGGCGGGCAUGAUUAGAUAUCUUAAACUGCACAAUUUAUCGAGCAAUAAAACAGCGACGUCCGUGGAUACAGAGGCUCAUUCUUCCAAUAGUGCGAGGCAGACAAAAUAUCCAGUUGUCGAGCAUAACGUAUCCUCUCGCAGGAGCACUGAUCUAAAUCUUACGUUUCUCUUCAUAGAGGGAAGUAAACGGCAACAACAGCUAGAUGAAGCACUAGUGGCCAUGAUAACAGGCGAUUUUCAACCGCUUUCAAUCGUCGAGGACACUGGUUUUCGACGUUUUGUUUCACUGUUGGACCUACAAUACUCGGUACCAAAUCGAAAAAAGUUGCGCCUCAUGAUUGAGGACGAUUACCAUAAACAGAAAGAGGCUGUAAACUUGGCCGUGGAAGACUCUACUUGUGUUUCUUUAACUACCGAUAUUUGGACCUCACUCAAUAGUGAGGCAUAUAUUGCUGUAACUGGUCAUUUCAUUAACACUAAUUGGUGCCUGAAAGCUUUAGCUCUCGAGACAUUCCGUUUCCCGGAAAAGCAUACAGCGCUAAAUAUUAGUGAGGCGUUAGAUAACACGAUUUCAAAAUGGAACGUUGAAAACAAAGUUGUAAGCAUCACAACUGACAACGCCAGUAACAUGACGGCGGCCGUACAACUUAUUCACAGUGGUAACAUAGAUAUGCAACAUGUGCCUUGUUUAGCACACACUAUCAAUUUGGUUGUGAAAAGUUCUUUGAACAGCAACAGUGAGCUCUGCAUAAUGCGGGAAAAGGCCAGAAAAAUUGUUAGCUAUUUUAAAACAAGUUGCAAUGCUAAUGAUCAUUUUUCGAAAAACUCCAUGAGAUCUAGGAUCUAA